AAGUAACUGACUGCAGCAAUACAGUUAGUGCAUUUCUCUUUAGCAUAUAAACGCAGACACAUAAAGAGAGGGGAGAGACGCAGACUGACUCCUGUUUCUAGAGUUAUAUUACAGCAUGGCAACUGUAUUUGUGACACCAGCUGCCAAACAAAAGGUUGAUGAAUUUCAAAAGCAGCUAUGUCAGGAGGCUGACAAACUGAUUGCAACAGGAUUUCCACAAAAGAUGUCUGAACUGGAUGUAUUAAUACAUUCUCCAGAGCUGAACAUCUCAGACCUUUCUACACUUCGAGCCGAGUUGGAUAUACCAAUACCUGAUCCAGAAAAAGAGGCAGCAAAAGAGGCAGCUAAAGAGAAAAAAGAAAAAGAUGAGAAAAAGGAUGACGAAGAUGACAAAGGUCCCCCAUGUGGUCCCAUCUCUAGUAAUGAGAAAAUCACAGUUCUGCAGAAAAGAAUCAAACGUGAAAUUCAGGAAGCCAAAGAAAAUUUACAUCUGGUCAGCCUGUGGCUCCAGCUUCAGAUUCCUCAGAUUGAAGAUGGCAAUAACUUUGGAGUAGCUGUUCAGGAAAAGGUGUUUGAACUGAUGACAAAUCUGAGGACAAAGUUAGAUGCAACCCAGACCCAAAUAUCUAAGUAUUUCUCUGAGCGAGGUGAUGCGGUUGCCAAAGCAGCAAAACAUCCUCAUGUGGGGGAUUUCCGAGCUCUGGUUCAGCAGUUGGAUGAGUCUCAGUAUUCUGAGCUGCGAAUCACUGCCAGGGAAAUAAGGAAUUUUUAUGCAACUCUUUAUGACAUUGUCACCAAGAAUUACAGCAAAAUAAAGAGACCACGUGGAGAAAACAAACAACUUAUCUACUAAGCACACAACCUAAUACAUCUGUGAAUUGACAUACUUUCUCUGAAUUUAAUAUUCUUUGGAAUCCACCUACUGGCUACUCUCAAUACUGUAUUCUAAUAAAUGUUUGUUUAACAUA